AUGGUGGUUGCUUUUGCAACCAUAGUGGUGGUUGAAGUGGUGGCACCAAUGGCGACGAAUGAGGUUGUGGUCGGUUUGCUAACUUUCAGUGUCAAGACUGCAUCUGGAGACGUUGUCCCUAUCAACUUAGAAAUUGAAGCUACUUGUCGGCGUAACAACGCUGCAAGAAGAAGAAGGGAACAAGACACAGAAGGAAGCAGUUACACCUCACCUCCUCUUUCUCCACAUCACGCUGAAAUGGAUGGGGAACCGGCACGAAGAGUCACCCUAGAGGACUUCUCCAAUACCGCCACUCCUCAGUUCUUCACGAGUAUUGCAAGACCGGAGGUACAAGCCGCCAAUAUUUCCUACCCGCAUUCCCUUAUUCAGCUAAUCCAAGGGAACCUCUUCCAUGGUCUUCCAAGCGAAGAUCCAUAUACUCACCUUGCCUCGUACAUAGAAAUAUGCAACACCGUAAAAAUCGCUGGAGUCCCAGAAGAUGCGGUACACCUUAACCUUUUCUCCUUUUCUCUAGCAAGAGAGACAAAACGAUGGUUGCACUCUUUCAAAGGCAACAGCUUAAGAACCUGGGAAGAAGUAGUGGAAAAGUUCUUAAAGAAGUACUUCCCAGAGUCAAAGACCGCCGAAGGGAAAAUGGAGAUUUCUUCUUUCCAUCAAUUCCCGGAUGAGUCCCUUAGCGAAGCACUAGACCGUUUUCACGGUGAUCAAGCAAUCCUUCGUGAUCGUAGCUAUAUGCCCACAAAAAGAAGCCUUUUGGAACUUGGCACGCAGGACGCGACAUUGGCACAGAACAAGCUAUUGACGAGGCAGAUAGAAGCCCUUACCGAAACCCUCAGCAAAUUACCUCAACAAUUACAAGUGGUAGGUUCUUCCCAUUCUUCUGUUUUGCAGGUAGAAGGAUGCCCCACAUGCGGAGGAACCCAUGAGCCUGGACAAUGUGUAAGCCAACAGGAUACCUCUCGAGAGGUAAACUAUAUGGGCAUACCAAAUCACGGAUUCCAGGGUUACAACCAGGGGAACUCAUCCGGAUUCCACCCAGGGGGAGCAGGAUUCAAUCACGGACCACCGGGAUUCAAUCAAGGAAGAAACUUCACGCAAGGUUCAGGGUGGAGGUAUCAGGGAAACCAGUACAAGGAGCAAAGGAACCAACAACCAUACCAACCGCCAUACCAGCAUCCCAGCCAGGGUCCUAAUCAGCAAGAAAAGCCCACCAAUAUAGAAAAUUGUUGCUACAAAGCCGAACGGUCCACUAGAACUUUCGGGGCUAACAUGGAGAAGAACCCAAAGGAAGAAUGCAAGGCCGUGCUGACCCGAGGGCAGAAGAAAGCACAGGAGGAAGGUAAGGUUGAAGAAGAAGAUCGGUCAGAGGAAGACAGGAUAGAGACACCAGAAGAAAGGACAGAAGAAGAAGAGAAGGUGGCAUCACCACCUACAACCAAGAGCCAGAAAGCACGAGAAGCCAGGAAAGAAGAACCACCAGCCCUACCACAAGAUCUCCCAUAUCCUGUGGUACCCACCAAGAAGAACAAGGAACGCUACUUCAAGCGUUUCUUGGAAAUAUUCAAAGGGCUGGAGAUCACUAUGCCAUUCGGGGAAGCCUUACAGCAGAUGCCCCUCUACUCCAAAUUUAUGAAGGACAUCCUCACCAAGAAGGGGAAGUACAUUGACGAUGAGAACAUUGUGGUAGGGGGUAACUGCAGCGCUAUAAUACAGAGGAAGCUACCCAAGAAGUUUAAGGACCUCGGAAGUGUUACCAUCCCGUGCACCAUAUGGAAGGAGACGAUGAGCAAGGCCCUCAUUGACUUAGGAGCAAGUAUCAAUCUGAUGCCCUUGUCAAUGUGUAAAAGAAUUGGGAAUCUGAAGAUAAAUCCUACCAAGAUGACGCUUCAGCUAGCAGACCGCUCGAUUACAAGGCCGUACGGGGUGGUAGAAGAUGUCCUAGUCAAGGUACGCCACUUUACUUUUCCGGUGGACUUUGUCAUAAUGGAUAUUGAAGAAGACACAGACAUUCCCCUCAUCUUAGGCAAACCAUUCAUGCUGACUGCCAACUGUGUGGUGGAUAUGGGAAAUGGGAACUUGGAGUUGAGUAUUGACAAUCAGAAGACCACCUUCGACCUCUUCAAAGCAAUGAAGUAUCCAUAG